AUGGAAGAGAAUCAGAAUCAGAUCACAGAUAUCGUAAGGCGCAUUGUUUCAUCUAUGCAAAGUCUGCCAGAUACACAAACGAAUCUAACUCGACCUAGUGGGACAAGUACGAAUGAUAGAGUGAUCAACAAUUCAGUGAAUUCAAUAUCCGGAGAUCAAGAGCGUUCAAUUUCAGUGGAACAAGAGAUUAACCAGAGAUUUCAAAUUCCUCGACGGUCAGAAGUAAGUGUCCGACGGCCAACCCCAAGAAGUGGAAGUGGACGUUUUGUACCAUAUUCAACAAAUAAUAAGAAAGGGAAGGGAAAGGCCAAAUCAUCUGUCGAACUGGUGAUUAAAGAUGUAUGUUUGCUACCGGACCCACAAUAUUGUACAGUUCCUAGAAGGCAAAUGAAGGAGGACCUAGUAAUGCGUAAUUUAUAUGUUGAUGCAUGGACUUUGGAUAAAUUGUGGUGUGAAGAAAGACUGAGGAAUGAGUUACAUAAUAUUUUCAAGGAGUACAUAUCUGACCCUACUGAGUAAGUGUGGUAGUUGUUUCAUUGAAUAUUUUUGUCGAAUGCUCCCCAAUUAAAAUUUACUUUUGUGUUAAAUCAUACCAAACUUCAAUAUAGACCUUUCCGGUUAUUACCUCACAACUACAUUGUUUUCAACUUAGGACCACCUUAAAUCAUUGAAAAUCAUGCUUGAUAACCCUGUGGCAAUGCACCCUGAUGUGCCCUACUUUUAGUAUUUUACAGACGAUUUUACUCGUCAAGUAGAGAGUGCUGCCAUUUAAUGGGCUAAAUGGAAUGAAUUUUAAGUUUCCUCUCAUUUUUUCAUGCAUGUGUUGAAGAAAAGGAUGUUUUGCUUCUUUGUGUAAAGCCAGUAAAAAAACCCUUCAAUUCCAUUUAAAGUGGCCCUAAGGGACCGGUCAUUAUUUAUGGGAGGAGAGAAAGACAAAAAUAAGGGGGGCAUAUAUAUGUAUAAAUAAAUGACUAGAAGGGCUAUCAAAUUUUUUCAAGAAAAUUAAAUUUGCAAUUAAAUUUGAAGGAAUUUGCUUAAUAAGCCUGGUGGCUGGUAUCAUUUGGUUGUAAAUGUUGCAACUAAAUCAUGGUCACUGAUGUGAAAUAGUCUGGAUUUAUGUGUACUGUAUGCAAAUCAUUCUUUACUGACUUCAGAUAUAAAUGACAAAUGAAUGUAUUAAUACAGUCAGCUAUAUUGACAUGGUCACAAUCACCCAGACCAAAUAGACACCUGAUUUUAGUGUUAUAUAUAAAAAUACUCCUUUUAAUUACAAUUUUCUGUUAUUCAAUAUAUUUUGUUUGAUGUUAAUAUCUUAUCAGUUCCAUAUUCUUAUUUAAUAAUUAACACUAUGACACCUUGGUAUCCCCAUUUGACGAGCAAAAAUGAAAAUGAGGAGGGGGUUAAAGAACAAUAUUCUAAUAUGCAGGGGGGUCAAGUGUUUUUAAAUUUCUGCUGUUUUAAGGUGGCUCCAUACAGUUUUGAUUAUACAGCACGCAAUCACAGAAUAAGGCACACAGAAGGUCGACUCGAGUAACCGCUGCCACACCAUAAUUCAUCAUCAAAUUGCUGACGCCAUGGUCGCAGCCAGUGCGCGUUUGAGAGGCAUUCCCCCCUGGACGUCUGCCAUUUUGAAUAAUAUCAGGGGGUGAAUGCCUCUCAAACGCGCACUGGCUGCGACCAUGGCAUACAUGUAAGCAUUUGAUGACGAAUUACGGGUUACGCCAAAAUCAUAGGAAAAAGAUAGGAAAAACAAAUAAUUCGGCCUUCUGUGUAUCUUAUUCUGUGACACAAUUGUAUUCAAGAAACCAUAUUUAUUUUAUCAUCUUGCACCUUAAUUAAGGGGGAUUUCAAUUUUAAAAAUUUAGGAAAGAAAAAAUCCUUCCCCCCCCCCUUCCAUAAAUAAUGACUGGUUCCUAAGUUGCCUUAAUUACAUAGCCUUACAGUAAAUAAUUUGUAAUUACAUAGCCUUAUAUAUUUUAUAGCUAGAUUUUAUCUUGUUUGCCUUAUUUUGUCUGUUCUAUCUUUCAAAAUAUAUAGCUUUGAGUUUGUCAAAUCCAUUGGAAGAAGAAUUGUCCCAUUGAAGCUCCCGCAAGGUCAGGAAGCAAGUGCAAAAGUAAUAAAACAUACAAGUGGAACAGGGCCAAUAUAUAUUCGUUCCCUUUCCAAAUUAGAGAUUGAUGAGGUAUGCAGUGUGUAGCUAUAAUUUAUUUGGUUGAAUUCGUAUUUGUUAGUAGCUGCCUAAUUUGCACAUACUUUUGAUCCUAAAGUUGUUUUUUUCCUUUUUUUGUUUUUUACUUUUUAGGAUGACGCUUUUAUUGAUCUUGAGUCAGAUACCUGUAAAUCAACAAAUGACAUAAGAACUUAUGUUUCACCAUCUGCAAGUAAAUGGUCAUCCAGCCAGUUGCCAUCCACCAGCCAGUUGCCAUCCACCAGCCAGUUGCCAUCCACCAGCCAGUUGCCAUCCACCAGCCAGUUGCCAUCCACCAGCCAAUUGCCAUCCACCAGUCAAUUGCUAUCCACCAGUCCACUGCCAUCCACCAGUCAACUGCCAUCCACCAGUCAGUUGCCAUCUACUAGUACUUGUGAAAUACUAUCCACAAGCCAAGAAACCUUAUUAAUGUGCAGUCAACUAUGUGACUAUGAAAAGCAACAUCUUAUGGAAAUGUUUCCAACAUACCCACAAAAUAUACUCAAUGAAGCAUCAAAAAGAAGCACAAUUGAUUUAGCAUGUGAUUAUGUGAUGGAUUUCUGGUGUGGUUCUGAAGGUUUGUAUUUAAUGUUACUAUUUAUAUUUUUUCAAAAGUUUUGCUUUUUGUUAUAAUGGCCAUUGAAAUAGCUAGCCCAUUUCCACUGAUGGAAAUUUUUCCUUUGGAAAGAAAGGGUUUUUUUACCAUGAAGUCGCACAUUAUAGAGACCACAAGACAAUGAAACCAGGGGGGUAACUCCUGGGUGUGUGUAGUGUGUGUGUGUGGGGGGGGGUGACAACCCACCUCCCCAUGUUGUAAUAUUGCAGUUUUGUCUGGUAAUUUUAGCAAUUUUAACGACAUGCUCAUUGGGCAAGAAAAUGUAAUUCAUCAAAAAAUGUAACAUAAUGUUUUGAAAAGUAAUAAUUGUAGGAAAAAUUUUGAUAAAUUUCUAAAAUGAUACUGAAAAAUUGUACAAAUUUCGGUAAGUUAGUUAAGAAUAGUUUGUCCAAAAUUUUUUUCCCAGCUUGCCAACAAUGUUGGGAAAAUAAAUAUUCAUCGGGCACAGUUUCCGUCCGUCGGGCACAAUUUCUACCACUCCCUUUUUGUCGGAAAAAACAAGCUCACCCUCCCCAGCCGUACCCGAGUUAUAUGGCCCUGAAUGAUUUUCUUUCCGAAGAAAAUUUCCCUGAAUGAAAACCAGUAAUAACCUGACAGUGAAAACAUUUUUUACAGACGAAACACGUUCAAAUGAAGAUGAGGAAAAAUCUACUCUUAAGGAUAUCUUGGAAAAAUUAAGACCUCUUCCUGGUGCACCAACGCGACUUACAGUGAACCGAUCAUCCAUUCUUACAGACAGCAUCUCGAUUUUUAAGCAAAAAUUUGAUUUCACGAAGCCUCUUAAAAUCACCUUCGAAGGGGAACCUGCCAUUGAUGGAGGGGGACCGAAAAGAGAAUUUUUCACUAUUCUCUUAAGGGAGCUUUUGUCAUCAUCCGCUUCCAUUCGUUUAUUCGAAGGAAGAGAUAAUAUAUUCUUACCCAUGCAUAACACAGACGCCCUUCGUUCAAAUUUGUAUAAAGUUGCUGGGCGGAUGGUUGCAUCAUCAAUCAUGCAAGGUGGACCGGGAUUUCCAAAUUUUCCAAUUGGAUUAUACAAAUACUUCCAGAAGCAGGAACCUAAUGAUUUAAUUGAUUACAUUGGUAAAGAAGAUGUUGUUGAUGUUGAUUGCUUAGAUGCAUUGAGCAAGGUAAUUUUCUGCUUUCAAGCAGUCCCAAAUUAGAUUCAUAUUCUCGAACUGCACGAUAAAUCCAUGUGUUAACAUUUUUCACAUUAGGUUUAAAAUUCAAAAUGCUUGGCUUAAGAAUCUCAUAUUCUCCUUCAUUGUAGUUGGACGGCAUGACUGAAGACAACAAGAAUGCAGUAAUCAUGGAUGUUCAACCUCUAUUGGUUGAAUCUGGUUUUCCACACUCUCUUAGCUUGGAGAAUCGGUUUCAAGCCAUGACAUCUCUGGUUCUUCAUGCAGUGAUUCUUUCCAGAAAAGCUGAAGUAGAUCAGUUUAUGGAAGGUCUGGGUCCGCUUUUGCAGAGAAUUAAAAAUCACCCAGAAAAGUUUGAACCACUUUUUGUCGAUGGGGCUUGUGAACCACCUUUAUCUGAAGACCUUUUCUCAAUUGUGGACUAUGAUGAUGUUGACGAAAGAAUGAAAGAGUAUUUUACUCGUUAUGUUCGUGAAGCAGGUAACCCGUGCAAUUUAGAUUUUAAAAAUUAUUUCAGUAGUGUUGGUGUGUGACAGUUAUAACAAUAAAUUUUCUCUAUUACCAGCAUAUAGUAUUCAGCACCCUAACAAUAUUCACGCAGCAACUAAAACUGGAAUUCAAUGUCAAUGAAAUAUACUAUUUGUCAUGUAUUGAUUAAUAAUGCAAUAGAAUAAAAAGACCAUGCAGGUCAAAAAUUAGUCUUUAUUUUGUCUUAAUGUUUUUAAUAAUGUUUUCUGUGCUAGUUAAUUGUAUCAAAUAGCCUAUUAUUUUAUUAUAUUUUUAUACGUAUUAUUUUGUUAUUUAUUAGUGUCAUCUUUAUUAUUUUUAUGCCUAUUCAUAGAGUCCAGAGUUCCUGGUGUAUUGAUGUUUACUACUGGAACAAAUUGCAUACCACCCAUGGGUUUCUACAAACCAUCCCUCAUUACCAUUCUCCAAAACUCGUCUGUUUUCCCAAAUGCCAACACGUGUCCCAUGGAACUAGAGUUGCCAAGUGGAGUGGAUACGUAUGAAAAAUUUGAAAGAAACAUGGACAUUGCCAUCAAUUUCCAAAAGGAAGGUUUUGGUAUAAUAUAG